AUGGAUGAAAAUAGGAAUGGUGUUGGUGAUGGACAAGAUAGACGCACUCUGGAGGAUUUCAAUACCUUUUCAGGGUCGUUUCAUUUCAAUAGUAUCGCUCGGCCACAAAUCAAUGCACCAAACAUGGAGGUGAAGCCUGCUCUCAUUCAUCUGGUGCAGAGCAAGGAAUUUCAUGGCCUGGCACAUGAAGAUCCAUUCAAACACAUCACCUGUUUCUUGGAGAUAUGCAAUACGGUGAAGCUCCAAGAUGUUCCUGAUGACUUCAUAAGGCUCAGUCUAUUCCCAUUCUCUCUCGAAGGCAACGCCAAGGAGUGGCUCACUUCAUUUCCUGAAAAUAGCCUCACUUCAUGGGAUGAUGUGGUGGCAAAGUUUUGCAACAAAUACUUCCCUCAAUCCAAAGUAAUAAAAGGGAAGCAAGAGAUUUCAUCUUUCCAGCAGGGUUUUAGUGAGACACUUAGUCAAGCUUGGGAAAGAUUCAAAGGGCUACUAAGGAAAACACCCACUCAUGGGUUCGAUGAGCCCACAGUCUUGAACGUGUUCUUGACACGACUGGGUUCCCAAACUAAGUUGAUGUUGGAUGCCUCAUCUGGAGGAAACAUCCGUUGGAAGACCCUAGAGGAAGCCCGUGAGCUCAUUGAAAACAUGGCUGCUAAUGAUAAUGAAUCACAGAAUGAGAGGGGGCAACAAAGAGGUGUCCUACAACUCCAAUCUCAUGAUGCCAUCACUGCCCAAAAUAAACUCAUGACCCAACAGCUUGAAAUCCUCAUGAAUAAAGUCUCACAGUUGCAAGAGCACCAAAAUGUGUCACAUGCCCAACAUCAAGGAUGUGCAUUGUGUGGUGGAGAGCAUAUAAGUGGCCAAUGUGUGAAGCAAGGCAUUACCCAAGAAGAUGUAAACUACAUGGGUAAUCAAAACCGGCCAAACAAUUACAACCAAGGUUGGAGACCCCACCCUAGCAUGAGCCAAGGGCAAGCUGGGCCAUCAAACAGACCACCACAUCAACAAUACCAACCUCACUUUGCUUGUGCUGAAAGAUCCUCUAAGUUGGAAGACACUCUCCAACAGUUUAUGCAAGUCUCCAUUUCUAAUCACAAAAGCACUGAAGCUUCUAUAAGAAACUUAGAGAUCCAAAUGGGCCAACUGGCCAAGAAGUUGGAAGAGAAAUCUGACAAGGGUUUUGGAGCCAAUACAGAAGCUAACCUAAAGGAAGAGUGUAAAGUUAUCACCACUAGAAGUGGUAAGGUGUUAGUUGAAAAAGUGAGGGAGGACAAAGAAGAGAAAAAUGAGGAAGUGGAGAGAGAGAGUGGAGAGAAAAGAGAAGAUGAAAGUGGAGAGAAAAACAAUGAGGAAGAGGACGAGGAGAGAAAAGUGGAGGACAAAAGUGAGAAAAAUGAGUGUAAGACUCUACCCCCAAAAUUCAAAGAUCCGAAGAGUUUCACCAUCCCUUGCACUAUUGGGAAUUAUGAGAUAGGGAAAGCACUUGUUGACUUAGGGGCUAGCAUCAAUCUGAUGCCCCUAUCUAUGCUUCAGAAGAUUUGUGGUCUGGAAGUCAAGUCUACAAGAAUGAUUUUGCAGAUGGCAGAUAAAUCCAUCAGGCAUCCCUAUGGUGUGGUUGAAGACGUGGUGGUUGAAAUUGAUAAACUCCAAUUCCCGGUGGACUUUGUAGUUAUGGAAAUGGGGAAUGAUGUAGAAACACCUCUCAUUCUUGGAAGACCUUUUAUAAAGACGGCCAAGGUUGUCAUUCAUGUUGAUAAGGGAACUGUGCAAUUGAGAAACCAAGAUGAUGAGGUAACUUUCAAUGUCUUCGAUGCUGGCCAGCAAAUUCAAGAGAAGCAGACUAGUCCUAAAGUUAAGAAUGAAGUUCUAUCAGUGACUAGCCUAAUAGGGCAAGUUGCCCAAGUGGUCAACAAGAGGGUUAAUUGUUUCUCUCCAAAAGUGGAGGAUGAGGAUGGAGACAAAGAAGAGAAACUUGUUCAUCAACACUCCAUUGUGGAAAGUGAUGAAACCAAACCUGGCAAACCAGUGAAGCUCAAGAACAGGUUAUGGGUUAUCAAGGCACUAAAGGCAAAUGGGUUACUUGAAAUAGAGGCUCCCUAUUCAAGGAGAGUCAAGUUGGGAGGUGGAGCAGCAGCUGAUGGUGAUACUGAUGAAGAGGCUGAAGAAGAAGGGGAUGAUGAUUCUAAAGAGAGCGAGGAUAGCAUUUCAUGA